GGGAGUCGAACACGUGAACUGCAGGUUUCUGGGUGCACAAGAAUAGUUUCUGGUGUUUCUGUGAGUCUGUGUGUUGGUUCUGGAUCAUGGAGGAGCUGGCCCGGGAGAGCAUCAGCCUGCUGGCCCGAUCGGCAUCUCACGCGGACCCCCCGCGGCUCGGCUCGUUCGGUGCGGUGUUCAUCAUGCUGAAGUCUGCCCUGGGAGCCGGACUGCUCAACUUCCCCUGGGCCUUUCAGAAGGCAGGGGGAGUCACCACUGCAGUCAGUGUGGAGCUGGUGUCUCUGGUUUUCCUCAUCAGCGGCCUGGUCGUCCUCGGCUAUGCGUCAUCUGUCAGCAGACAGAAGACAUAUCAGGACGUGGUGAGAGAAGUGUGUGGACGAGCCGUGGGGAAACUCUGUGAAGUCUGUUUCUGCUUCAACCUCUUCAUGAUAAGUGUUGCCUUCCUCGUGGUGGUCCAGGACCAGCUGGAGAAAUUGUGUAUUUCUCUCUAUGAGACAGUUACGGGAUCGAGCGAGGCAGGAAUGCCCUACCACUGGUACACAGACCAACGAUUUGCCCUCUUCGUCAUGUGCCUUGUAAUCAUCCUACCACUGUCCAUCCCAAAAGAAAUCGGCAUCCAGAAAUACACAAGUGUGCUGGGGACGCUGGCUGCUACAUAUCUGUGUGUGGCAGUGAUUGUAAAAUAUUACCUGAUGGACAGUCACGCAGUCAUAACUCCAGACCACAGCCAAAGUGUGAGUUCAUGGGCAUCGAUGUUUAGUGUUGUACCGACCAUUUGCUUUGGCUUUCAGUGCCAUGAAGCCUGUAUAGCGAUCUACAGUAGCAUGGAGAACCAGAAGAUCUCCCACUGGGCGGUCAUUUCUGUGCUCUCCAUGCUUUUCUGCUUGCUCAUUUACACUCUAACUGGUGUGUACGGCUUCUUGACAUUUGGAGAAGACGUAGCCUCAGAUAUUUUGAUGUCAUAUCCAGGAAAUGAUGUGGUCAUGAUCGUUUCCAGGCUACUUUUCGGAAUAUCAAUUAUCACCAUCUACCCAAUUAUUCUUCUUCUCGGGAGGUCAGUCAUCCUGAACCUGAUGUUACGAGUUCGCAGACAUUACCGGGGAAUCGUCACUCAUUCGUUUGAGAAUCGCUGUAGAGUUGUUCUCACGGUGGCCUGGAUCACCUUCACGCUUGUCAUUGCCAUGUUUGUACCUGACAUGAGCGACGUCAUCAGCAUCAUCGGUGGAAUCAGCGCCUUCUUCAUCUUUAUAUUUCCUGGUCUUUGCUUAGUGUUCACCAUGCAAACUGAGAACAUCUCUUCACGAGUCAGGGCGAUUUUAACAGCUUGGGGAGUCAUAACGAUUGUAGUUGGAGCAUUCAUCUUUGGACAGGGCACGACCCUCGCUGUCAUGGAGGUUUUCCGCAAAUUUUGAACUUUCAGAACUAGAUAAACUCUCUCUUUUUCUCUCAGGGAGAUGAAUGUUGCAUUUUUAAAGAAGGUUUUUAGGGGUAUGUGUGACUCUUAUUUGACUGUCUGUGGCCUUAAUUUAGGUUGACAGUGUCUGAAUGGUUUCUUAUGUGAUGUGAUGAAUAUUGACUAUAAUAUUUGACUGCCUGGUGAAGCAUCAGUGAAACAUCUCAUCUGUCUGAGCCCUUGUUUAUGUUUAAGCACUGCCAGGGGGCAGCAUUGCACCAUUUAGGAAGUGCCUCUCUCUGUAUAUUUUUCAUUCACAUGCUGUAUAUGUGGAACUGCAUAGUGACAACACAGAUAAGAUGAAGCUGUUUUCUUAUCAUGCUUAUUUUGGCCACAGCGAUAAUGGCUUGUCUGAGCCCGCUGAGCCUUUUCAGCAUAAACAGAUGGACUCAUUGUCCCUGAAAUGUACUUUUGCAUUUACAGGAUGAUAAACUGACUGAAGACUUGUUUUUUUCCUUUCUCUUAAGUGUUUGUUCCUUAUCUUGUCGCACCAUUUCUAAACUCCACACUGCCUUAAUCCCAGCGGCGAUAUAAAUCUGCUGCUUUCACUGAGCACAGGGUGAUGGCUGAGGUGUGCUGAAUAUAGCUGUUUAUUGUUUAUGGACUUCAAACUUAAAAGAGUAAUAGGAUGCUGCCUGGAAGCGUUCACGUGCUCACACACGUGUGUCAGUGCACGAGUGAGUAAUAGUUUACACUACAUCUGGAAAAUUGGGUGUUUUAUCUGGAGUCUGGAGGCGUCUGAUUUAAAAGCAAAAUGAGCCAUGCUGACUUUGCAGUAAUCCAGAACUUAUCUGUCUGAACAUACAACAUUUAAAUAACUUUUAUUUAAAUUUUUUUAAAAAGGAACACAGCAGUUCCUCAUGAAUAUUAUGCAAUAGAUGUUUGCUAUUGAUGUCCUUAAGGAAAACCCUCAUAAUGUGAUGCUCUUCUUGUGUUUUGCCCAACCUGCUGGAAAAAUGACCAUUUUCAAGGAAAAAAGGGUGAAAAUCAAGUAAACUGCUUAAAUCUUGCAGUCAUUCUCUGUCAUUACAUUUAUGCAGGCAACUUAAUAGGUAAAGCCAGUAAGACAAGCUUGCUGGUAGUUUCUGUAGUUAUUAAGUCUAAAGGUGGAAGUUUAAAAUUGGCCAAAAUGAAAAUCUUUGAGCUCCAUGGAUAAGAGGAGUGUACAAUAAGUCUCCUUAUCAUAAGGCUAUAAAUUGUUACAAAAAUCUUCACCUGCAGCUUUGCCAAAUUUGAAGCAACAAACAUGUGAAAUGAAUGAAACAGAUGUUUCAGUCACAGCAGCACUUCACUCACCCACUUCACCCACUCAGUCAACCCUCACUAUUGCCCAGCACCCACAUAAAGAUGUUGAAGCCCGAUUUCUGACUCAGUGUUGGAGCAGGAUCAGCACUGCUGUGACUUAAAGGUUAACAUCACAAUCCUCAAAGCAGUCACGCUCACCUGUUUUCAUCAGUUUAGUGAAUUAGCAUGCUAACAUUGCUAAUACUCAUUAAACACAGCUAAUGGUUAAGAACAACUGGAAUAUUAUUGGCUCGUCUGUUUGGGCAUAAAGGA